AUGCGGAAUUCGCUUCUCACGAGUUCCAGUGUCGCCACGCCUCGCCUUUCCUUGAUGUUCCGUUCUUUACCUAGAAUAUUCCGUCCUUCACCCCCCUUCCAACGUGCGACUGCAUCUCCUCAUUUCAGCCACCAUUCACGCCAGAGAAUGGCUGCACCUAGCGAAAAUGUCCCUAAGUGGACUGCUAACAGUGUCCGCGAGGAAUUUAUCAAUUAUUUCAAAGACAGAGGACACACGUUUGUCCCCUCGUCGUCUGUCGUGCCACUUUCUGACCCUACCCUGCUGUUUACAAAUGCGGGCAUGAAUCAGUACAAGUCUAUUUUCCUUGGAGUGGUUGAUCCGCAGUCUGAUUUCGCGCAAUUGAAGCGUGCGGUCAAUUCGCAAAAAUGUAUUCGUGCAGGUGGUAAACAUAAUGACCUUGACGAUGUCGGCAAAGACAACUAUCACCAUACCUUCUUCGAAAUGCUCGGAAAUUGGAGCUUUGGAGACUAUUUCAAGGAGGAAGCUGUUGGAUUUUCCUGGGAAUUGCUGACAAAGGUGUUCAGUCUUGACCCAAGCAGACUCUACGUCACCUAUUUCGAAGGCGACAAAAGCGGUGGUCUAGAGCCGGACCUUGAAACAAAAGAACUCUGGAGAAAGGCUGGUGUCCCAGAAGACCAUAUCCUACCUGGAAAUAUGAAAGACAACUUUUGGGAAAUGGGAGACCAAGGCCCUUGUGGACCUUGCAGUGAAAUUCAUUUUGACCGGAUUGGUGGCCGAAACGCCGCCCACCUUGUCAAUCAAGAUGAUCCUAAUGUCAUCGAGGUUUGGAACAAUGUUUUUAUUCAGUAUAAUCGAGAAGCAGACCGUUCCUUACGGUCUUUGCCAAACAAGCAUGUUGACACGGGUAUGGGUUUUGAACGUCUCGUUUCGGUACUUCAGGCGAAGUCAUCAAAUUACGAUACCGAUGUUUUCACACCUUUAUUCAAAAAAAUCCAGGAUAUUACAGGUGCCCGUGAAUACCAAGGCCGGUUUGGAGCAGAAGACACCGAUGGUAUUGACACAGCUUAUCGGGUUGUGGCAGACCAUGUGAGAACUCUUACGUUCGCGAUUUCAGAUGGUGCCUACCCUAACAACGAGGGUAGAGGUUAUGUGAUUCGUAGAGUCCUUAGGAGAGGGGCUCGAUAUGCUCGCAAAUAUUUCAAUGUGGAGAUAGGCAAUUUCUUUUCCAAAAUUGUUCCCACACUUGUCGAUCAAAUGGGAGACAUGUUUCCAGAGAUCAGGAAAAAGCAGGACGAGGUUAUGGAGAACCUUGAUGAAGAGGAGCUGUCAUUUUCGAAGACGCUAGAUCGAGGUGAAAAGCAAUUUGAAGCUUACGCCCAACAAGCCAGGUCGAAGGGGUUAGAUAAGCUACAUGGAGCAGAUGUGUGGAGACUCUAUGAUACUUUUGGCUUCCCCGUCGACCUGACCCAGAUCAUGGCCGAAGAGCGAGGUCUCCGUAUUGACAAUUCCGAAUUUGAGGAAGCCAAACUGAAGGCGAAGGAAGCCAGCAAGGGGAAGAAACAAGCUGCAGAGGAUACUGUUAAACUCGACGUUCAUGAUAUUGGUAAAUUGGAGAAAAUGAAUGAUGUCCCGAAGACAGAUGACUCGGCGAAAUUUGACUCGAGUAAUAUUAGCUCCGUCGUCAAGGCUAUCUAUCAUGGCAAGACUUUCGUUCGGACAACAUCAGAUUUGCCACAAGGAGAUCAGAUUGGUAUUAUCCUUGAUAAGACCAAUUUUUAUGCUGAACAAGGAGGACAGGAGAAUGAUACCGGCAGGCUUAUCAUUGAUGGGCAGGCGGAAAUGGAAGUUGGAGAUGUCCAGUCUUAUGGUGGCUACGUUCUCCACACAGGCUUUAUGAAGUAUGGGUCAUUUCGCGUUGGUGAUUCCAUUACUUCCGAGUACGAUGAACUUCGCAGGUGGCCUAUUAGGAACAACCAUACUGGCACGCAUAUUUUGAAUUUCGCCUUACGGGAGGUCUUGGGAGAUGGCAUUGACCAGAAAGGAUCACUCGUUGCGGCCGAGAAAUUACGAUUUGAUUUCUCACAUAAGGCUGCCAUCGCAGAAAAAGAUCUUGACGAGAUCGAAAAGAAAAGCACUGAAUAUAUUCGACAGAAUUGUACAGUAUAUUCAAAAGAGGUUCCUUUGCCUACUGCCAGGGAAAUCUCAGGCGUUCGAGCUGUUUUCGGUGAGACCUACCCGGAUCCCGUACGCGUCGUAUCUGUUGGAGUAGAGGUCGAAGAAAUCCUUAAAAAUGUCAAAGAUCCAAAAUGGAGCCAAGUAAGUAUUGAAUUCUGCGGUGGUACUCAUGUUACGAAGACUGGUGAAAUUCGAGAUCUUGUUAUAUUGGAGGAAUCUGGUAUUGCGAAGGGAAUUCGACGAAUUAUUGCUGUUACUGGAGAAGCUGCUCAUCAGGCACAGCGAGAAGCAGCCGAUUUUGAGAACCGUUUGGAAAAGCUACGAACAAUGGACCGUGGUCCUGCUAAGGAAUUGGAAUUGAAACAAGUCCAGAUAGAAUUGAAUCAACUUACAGCAUCGGCAGUACAAAAGAGCAAAUUCCGAGACCUAGUCGCCCGGAUCAAUAAGCAGGUUCUGGAUGACCAAAAAGCCCAGCAGAAGCUUGAACUCAAGAAAGCACUCGAUAAAAUCAAAUCAUAUUUUGAGGACGCAGAGAAUCAGGACCGUUUCACACUUGUUACUACUCUGCCAGAAACUACGAACCCCAAAGUGCUUAGCGAAGCCAUCAAUUUUAUCAAGUCUAAGAUGACUGAAAAGACUGUUUACUUGUUUGCGCCAGACCUUGGUCAAGGCAAAGUCGCUCAUGGUUGCCACGUUUCCAAGGCAAGUUUGAUUGAAGUCGGUGUCUCCGCUAGUGACUGGGCUCGUGUAGUUUCUGGCUCUGUUGGUGGAAAAGCCGGUGGCAAAGCCCCGACGGCCAUAGGCAGUGGAAAUAAUGUUGAUAAGGUGGAAGAGGCUGUCAAUCUCGCAACUGAGUACUUGCAGAAAUUCCAUCUCUAA